AUGGAGGGUUUUCAUCUUGAUACUAAAUGGGAAGACAUCACAUGUCCCAUAUGCCUAUCCUACCCCCACAACUCUGUUCUUCUCCAAUGCACCUCCUACAAUAAAGGCUGCCGCCCUUUCGUUUGUGACACCGAUCAUCUCCACUCCAAUUGCUUACACCGCUUCCGUAUCGCAACCGGGACAUUGACCGAGUCAACCGGUACAUUAACCGAGUCAACCGGGACAUUGACCAACAAACCAUCAUGCCCACUUUGCAGAGGCGAUGUCACGGGUUGGGUGGUGAUCAAAGAGGCAAGGGUAAAAUUGGACGAAAAAAAACGAUGUUGUGAAGAUGAAAAAUGCACAUUCUCAGGAACUUACACUGAGCUUCAUGAACACGCGCAAACAGAGCAUCCACACGCGUGUCCAUCAAAAGUGGACCCCGCAAGACAACAAGAUUGGGAAAAUUUUCAACAAUCAUCUGAGAUAAUCGAUGUGUUGAGUACUAUACAUUCAGAGGUCCCACAUGGGGUGGUGUUAGGGGAUUAUGUUAUAGAGUAUGGGGAUAAUGAAUCUGGUGAUGAAUAUGAAGAUUUUCCAGUAAUAGCUUAUCCAGGGGUAGAACAGGGCAUCGAAGUUCUCGCAGACGUCCUUCCCGCUUCCAUUAUAAUUAGAUUUCCACGUGGCAAAAGGAAGCUCACUGGUUGGAAGACAUUGAAGAAAAAGGCUUGCAACCUGAGAAGACAAAUAUGUGCGAUGUGAUCCUGUGUGCUGAAUUUUGUUGAUGGUUUCAUGGUUUUAUGUUUGUUACCUUCAUCCAAAUUUAAGCUUUUUUGAGUUCAUUCCUGCAUGGAUCACUGAAUAAAUUCAGACCCUUGUACAUUGAUUGAUGGAACUCUUUCCUUUUUCUUUCUCAAACAAAUUUAAAACACACAAUGAUUUUAGCAUCUAUUGUUCAUGUAGAAUGUAACAAUUAUGGAUCCUUAGCUCUUUUUUUAAUCUCUAAUUGUUAUGCACAAUGAUCCUAAUAAAUUUUAGGUUGCGG